AUGCUUUCUGACACGCAAAAUUACCCCCAUGAACAGUUAGAGAAAUACUAUGAGAACCCUACGUCGUACAUCCUGCACUAUGGUUUCCCCAUUGGCACAACAAAUGGGCUUGGGGGCACCAGCACAGAGCGCAACAAAGAGGAUCAGAGGCGGAGCUUUCAGGCCCAAGAUGAAGCCUAUCUCCGAGUGCAGUGCAAAAUAGGCAAGCGCGAGGAUAAGGCUCGUGCGCUGCUGAUUUCAGCAAACGUUCUAUCGAUGUCUGUGAUGGCAUCACAACUGCGUCUGUAUCGGUGGCGCGUCUCAGAGGCGCAGACCAUCACGCAGGCCACCUCUAUUUUGCAGGACGAAGUUUUUCAAGCGAUUCAAAGGGGUUAUUGCGUCUCUCGUCGGCGGGCGCCGCGACCCGAUCUCAGUAGCAAUGAAACGAAAGUCAUGGGCUCUGAAGUAGGUACCUUCAGCCGAUAUGCUCACAAGACGCGCUCUGAAAUUCAUGAUUUAUUUAAUAUCGAUAAAGUGGCCGGGCAAAACAAUGCUGACACGGUCGUUGCCGCUGCCAGUAUGAAGGACGACAGUGACAAUAGAAGCAUAUGUAGUGCUGAUUUAGACUUGCAUAAACAUUUAGGUUAUAAGAGUUCCCGGCGGAAUUCCACCAAAGCCUUGCCAGGCGAUGCGAUCACACAACUUGUCAUUGUCGACAGCUUCACACACGAGCCAUUUACCGACAUCAUGGAUUACCUGCGCUACUUCAACAACGAGUACGGUCUCGAGCUUGUAGUAGUUCUUCUACUGCACAGUCCAGUCCAGGAGAGCUUAAUCAAUACUGAGCAAGCCCAGGGCGCAGGGCUUGUACUUGUCCCUCAGAACAAUAUCACGGCGGAGGAGGCCUAUGCGUGUGGCUACGACCUUGUUCUGGCUCAUCACUUCGACCAUAUAGUUGUGGACAUGCUAACCCAAACUUUCAUAACUUCCUCUGGUCGGUGGCGUAAUGACGUCCGCUCUAAAGCAGCGGUAGGGAACUACGCGAGCAUGCGAAGUAUUUUGAUGGGAAAGCUUGAUUCAGAUGAGCUACGGCAUUUGGCGUGGAAUGAUUCAGUGGACGACAAUGAAAUCUUGGAUGUUUUGAACAUGAUGCGCGACCCGACCCUCACGUCCGCUAAGGAAACACGUCUAUCGAAGGCUUCCAGUGAUGAUGUAUCGCAGAAAUCAACCGAAGUCAGUAAAGAGGACAAUAGCGGGCACAACGUAAUGAAGCCUUCCACUUCCGUGAUACCGAAUACGCUCUCUCGGCUUCGGGUCAGAGAGUUCAGCACUGGGGGCGUGAAGUCAGUCGCGACAAGCCGCGACGAAAUGCCGCUGCCGCUGACAUCACUAGGACUCAACCAUGAUGUACUCAGUGACGUCAUGAACCCUAGCAAGGCGCCGCAGCGUUCACGGGUUGUGAAAGCCAUCAAAAAACUCAGUGAAAGCGAAAGUAUUAAUGGUGAGUUGUUUGUAUAUGAUGCUGAUGAAACCAAAGCUCAAUUUUUUGAGUCCUUUGAAAAAGAAAUAUCUCGCCUCGUUGCUGAAAAUACUUAUAUGCAGCGUGAAGUUGAGGCGCUACGAAAUGAUCUCGACAGUGCUCAACAGGUCAUCAACAGCCUCCAACACAAGCGCCCUCUGAUGGCUCACGAUGUGUCCUUCAAGGAUCACAUCAACAACCAGGAUAGCAUUUCAUUCGCCCAUCUCACCAAGGAGCAACAGGUUUAUGCCCUAAAAGAGCGCCUUGACAUGGCUAACGAAACCAUCCAAUGGCUCAUGAAUGAGUGUUCCCCCAGGUCAAGUUCCUUGUUGAGCCCAUCAAGACGGCGAGUCCGGUCUUCGGGUGGUGACAACAUUAAGAGCAUAAUGGAUCGGAAGCGAGUAGCAAUCCUUGCGGACAUUCGUCGCAAUGAGCUCCAGAUAAAUCGAAAGCGAAGGGUAUACCAGGCCUACCUUGAGCGCCGUGAGGAAGAAAUGAUGGUAUGGCAAGAUUUCGAUGCGGCAGCCGGUGCGGAUGAGUCUGAGGAAUUCGAAAGUGACUUUGCUUCUAGCAGUGGUAAUAUGGAGACUCAUGAUUUUAUAGCUCUUCGGAUGAAGCGAACUCCAAUCGAUUUGGCGGAAGAGUGUCGCGAGCGUGCAGUAAUGAAUAACGUGAUAGACGAACUCCAGAACAAAAUUAAACUUCUUCGUUGUACCGAAACAGAAAACGCUUCUCCGGAUCGAAGCGCAGCGUUGCUCUUGGAGAGGGCCCUAGAGCAGAUACAUACUCUGAAGGGACGUAUCCAGCAUCUGGAGGAAAUUCAGACUAUGAAUGAGGCCUGGUAUAAGAAGUACGUCGUAACACACCGUAAGGCUUCUGGUAAAAAAAGUGAGGAAGAUGAAAAAGGAACAAGAAGUGCAGGUAGGCCUCGGAGCUCUAGCAGAAGCAUUAAAAAUCGCGCUCAAAGGCUUAUCCCCGCGUUCGAAAAGAAGCAGCAGCAGCCCGGGAACGCGUCCGACCAGGGCAAGCAGAAUGCAAACGAGGGCAAAGCUACUGGCGGCAAGUUCAUCGCCGGCAUGAGAAAGCCUAAGGCAGGAUCUCCAUCUGCGAAGCCACCAGACACUUACAGGGCUGUGGAAGCUAAAGGAAAGACUCAGCUUGCGCGGGGGGAGGCCUAUCGACAUGAAGGGUCGGUUCGGCUGAAAGGAAGACUUCGGGACAUUCUUGCUCGCCUUCAUAUUAAAAUCCGUCGCCCCUACACUCUCUCGUAUCGCAAACUCCUAGAGGUGGAACACGCCGAGGCGGAGCAAAAGUCGCAGAGGGCGUGGAACCAACUCCAGUCCUUGCUCAAAAGCCUCCCUGACUCUAAUUUGCUGAGGGUGUCAGGUCAGCACAUCACGCCGCAUAGUGUAAACUUAGGCCUUGUGAAUCCUGAGGUGCGCAUUCGGAUUGAGAAGGUCUCCAAGGAGUGGGCCCGUUACGCAUGCCUCACAGAGCACGCUAUGCUCGACAUGAAAGAGGUUGACAAAAACAUAGCAGAGGAUGUGAUACAGCAGCUCGUGGCGCGUCGACAGGGACUUCUCAGGUGUGUAAAAAAUACAGAGACUGACCUAAAAGAGUACUUGGAUGCUGUAAAAGACUUAGCCAAAGUCGAACUUGAGCUCUCAAAUUGGCUGGAUGUGGACGUGUCGCAGUAUCUUGAUAGAAAUGAAGAUAACGAGAUGAUUGAAGUUUCCGUGCAAACUCUUCGGUCUACCCUGUCGUCCGAAAGUCCAGAGUCGGAUGAUACUAUGAUCAUUCCUGAUACCCAUUAUCUUAUACGUGACAUGCGUGAGCUCCUAAAGUCUACCACUAUAGUACAAAGCAAGGAUUCAUCAGUCUCUUUGGCUGGCAUGGACAACAAUCGAGUGCAAAAUGGACUAAUACAAACCGCACGCGUGGAGGAAGAGCCAUUAUCGUUGCCUUUCAUAUCCGGCUCGCCGCCCGAAGUCCAGUUCCUUGACGGUGACAAGUUACUUGCUGCAUUAGAACUCGCUCCAGUGUCUCCCGCUCAACGAGCCCUCCACAAGGUCCUCCUCAACAGCUACACACAUGGCUUCUUGCACCCAAAACGCAUGAUUGAAGUCAAUGCCGUCGCGGGCCUCGAAUCAGAUUUUGGAGAUGAGGGCGUUGUCUGCACUCGGAACGCGACUACUGAGGGCCAUGGAGUAAAUAUGAUGCAGUUGAGGUGCCUUUACUGGAUUCACCAUGAGGAGCUCAUGCAACUCCUACGGCUUCUUUCGCUGAGAGUGACUAUAUUGCAGCCCUUGUUGAGUCCCUACAUCGGCGAAAUGGAGAAUAUGCUGUCGGAGGAAUUCCACCAUGUGAUAAAAGAUGGUGAUGCUACUAUCGAAAAGGUUGCAAAAAAGGUCUCAAGGUUUAGCGAAGACAAUACAGCACCAACAUUACCUUUUCUAAUCGCUGCGGAUAGUGCGCUCAUCUCGAGUUGUGUCGAUAUCUUAGGAACAAUGUGGCAGAUGCGCCUCUGUGAGGCGGGAUCGUCCGCAGCCGCAAGCGCUGAGGUGUUGCAUGGUCUAGUGUGCUCUGACGACCUCCAACAUCUAUCACAAAACAUGGAGCGUCGUGUAAAGGCGUACUAUCAAACAAGAUGUCGCGCAGUAGAUGCAUUGCGCAUAGUCCAGAAGGAGGAUAAAAGCGUGCAACAAAUACCCAAUCUCCUUGAUAAGGAUAAGGACCGGUAUAAACAAAAUAUUAUGGAUAAUAAUACAGAGCGCAGUGAACUCUUUCUCACUGAAACAUUUACCCUUCCACAUGUUCCUGAUCAAUUAGGGAACACUGAGGCCAAAUAUACUGCUGAUCAGCUUGCAGCCCUCUUCUCUAUGAAGCCGCGUUCUGCGGCACGAGCCAACGAUGCAGAUGGUCUGAAACCAGAGGAUAUAUAUCUUGAUUAUGACAUGGAUCUUGGUCUGGGAGACAACCUCAAGGGUGGAGAUGAAAAUACAUUAGCAAUCCAGCGCAUCCGAGUCGAGUUGGAGUAUCUAAACGCGGCACGCAGGCAACGACUCGAGGAACUGGAAUUGCGGCACCGCUAUCAAUCUCAAAAGCAGCAGGAUCGCAGUCGGGCUAGCCCAGUUACCCCAAGCCCGGAAGAUUCUGGCACGAAGCAACUUGAACUUGGGACUGUACGCGGCGCACACGACUUCGAAGUGAAAGGCGGAUGCCCGGCGUGGUAUGGCAUGGAGGCAUCAAAGCGUGUCCGAGACAUCCUGCGGCGCCGCACGAAGCCAGAUCAAAUCAUACUCAACGCUGGCCCCAAUGGCAGUGGGGUCGGCAUUGAGCUAUCGCGGCGCACCGCGUUGUUGAACGCGUGGCUCAGCCACCCAGACCGGAAAUCGGAUGUCUUGGGGGAGGAUCCCUCCCCCGAUAGGCGUAGCUCGCCGAUUGCCGUGGUGGUCGACCACGGCAUGCAGCCUUUUCCCCCGUCAACACAACGUGAGCUUUCAGGUUGGCAUCGGCUGCGUCAGUGUACUAAGUGGGCAUCGGGCCCGCCCGGGGUUGGCGAGGUACAGGCAAACGUACACAGAGGCGGAGCUGAGGAAGGAUACACCUGUCCACGCGACAGUGCCAACUUCCGAGCUUUUGAGAAUAUUACCACUCACUACAACUCUGAGUCACUGGACAGAUACUUGCACACCCCUACCACCCUCCUAGAGCGCCUAGAAAAGUACCGAUAUGUCGUAAAACGUGCGGCAGCUCGUCUUGGCCUUGGCAACCCUCUCGUCGAAGAGAGUUUUGGAGGUUCACCGUUUUACGUGGUCAUGAAGACUGGUUCGCCAUCGGCUUCACCUCCCUGCGAGAAACUUUGCAGGGACCGUUUGACUCCGAGGGUGCCCUUACCGAACCUCGCCUCAUGGACCUACGGCAUAGGGGAUGCUGAUUUGGAGAGAAUGCUUGGAACUCCGGUAGGGCAGUGUGAUUCGGUGACAUUUGUCCCGAAUCAUAGUUACUCGGCUUUUCUAAAGCGAUACUCACAAGAAUGGCGUGGUGAUGAGCACAAUACCACCCAGUCGCCCCCGCCGUUCUUCCUCGCUGGUGCACUGCACCCUAGCCUAGCCGUGAGCCCGGCUUCGGCGGCGGUACAGCGACUAACAUUUCUUCUACGUUCCCCAGUGACAGGCUCAGCGCCGGAGCAUAGCGGUUCCCAUGUCACCCCAUUCACCUCAGGGGUUAUCCGAGGUCGGCUGCCCCCCUCAAAACAAUUAGUCGGAGACGGAGGGCUGGCUACGCCGGUUCCCACGACACUACCUCCUUUAGAGCGGUCCGAAGCACCCAGUGCAAAAAGUAUGAUAUCCUUGGAGUCCUCAGGAAAUAGAUCUAAUGAUGCUUUGCGGGACAAAUUAGAUAGUACUAUCCCAAGGGUUGAAGAGGAGGUGUUAAGAAACGUAAAGAUGAAAACCAAAAAAAAAUAA